CAGAGCGAGCUGUCAUGUGCAUGGAACAGAGGCUCGUGCGGUUUGAUACCCAGCUAUACAGCCACCACCAGUCGCUCUUUCUUAUUAUUUCUCAUAAAAAAACAUUGUUUCAUUUAGGAUUUAUCGAAUGUCACUCCACUCAUGAAUUCUGACUUGAGAAGACUGAAGUGGACUGUAUUGGUGUGAAGGCUAACACACAGGGAUUCCAAUGCCUUCCAGACAACAAUCUAAGAUGGGGAAUUGAAGAGGCUCCUAUCAGGAACAUCAUCUGCAGUGGUUCCCAGGUUGGCCCACUGUCUGUGGACUGAACAGACACCAUGAAGGGUCUAUCAAGCAGCCGCAGCCACCACCAUUUGGUCACCUGUGACCCUGGUUCCUAUGAUGCCCUAGGCCAUGGCCACCACCCUGACCGCAAGCCCUACCUGAUCAACCAGAUGGAUAUGCCCAUGUCCCACCCCUCUGACCACGCCUACUACACCCAGGUCCAGAGCCAGCAUAACCAGAAGAACCACACUGCCUUCCCCUCAGACAGUAGUGUGGUGCCCUAUGGGACCUUCCCCAGACGACACUACAGCAGCUCACACCACGAGCUGAAGGAUCGGGUGGGGAUGGAUGAGUGUGCUGUGGUGCCCUAUGGUGUGGGUGUUGGUGUGGGUAACAUGCUUCCCAACAAGGGCGUCAACAUCCGCCUGCCAGUCAACCUGCUGGACCAGUUUGAGAGGCAGCCGUCAUUCACCCGGGACGGCUACCACACGCUGCAGUACAAGAGGACGGCUCUGGAGCAACGCAGCGACAGCCCCGGACGCAUCCGCCACCUGGUCCACUCCGUCCAGAAACUCUUCGCCAAGUCCCACUCCUUGGAGGGGCCAAACUCCAAGCAGGGAAGCAUCAAUGGCAGCAGGAACAGCCCCGAGAGCGAGACGCCCCCCACGCAGAAGCACCGCAAACGUAGCAAGAGCAGGGAGCGCUGCAAGUCAGCUGAGCCCAAGCACAGGAGCCCCACCUCGGGGUACUGGAGCUCAGACGACAUCCUGGAUGACCGAGACGUCUGUCACAGCCUGUUGCACAGCCCCACUGGAGUCAUGACCAUGGGCCGCCACCCGGACAAGUCCCAGUCGCAGUACUUUAUGGAGGCCUACAACACCAUCAGUGAACACGCCCUGAAAACGUCGCGCAGUAAUAACGACGUAGUAAAACACACCUGUGUCCCCUCCCAUAUCCCCAUAAGCAUGGACACCCAGCUCAUGAAGAAGAGCUUGUGGUCGUCCAGUCUAACGGUGAGCAGGGCUCGCCAAGUCUACCAGAAGGCCUCAGUAAUUUUAGAUCAUAAAGCGCUAGUGAAAUCUGAGGCUUGUCAGCAGGAGCGCUCAUGCCAGUUCUUGCAGGUGCCACAGGACGAGUGGAGUGGCUUCUCGCCUCUGGGGGGUAAGGAGGAUGACAUCCCAUGUCGACGCAUGCGCAGCGGGAGCUACGUGAAGGCUAUGGCCGAGGAAGAAGACAGCGAAGACUCGGAGGGAAGUCCAAAGCCAUCGCCAAAGGUCCAGGCCCAAGGUCGACGGGCCAGCUAUCUCAAAGCCACCCAGCCAUCACUGACUGAAAUGACCACCUUAAAGAUCUCCAACGAACACUCUCCGAAGCUGCAGAUCAGGAGCCACAGCUACCUGCGGGCGGUGAGUGAAGUUUCCAUCAAUAGGAGCCUGGACACCCUGGACCCCAAAGGGCUCCUGGACCCCAAAGCGCUGCUCUCCUCACCCCAAUACCGCUCGCGAAACGAGAGUUACAUGAGGGCUAUGAGCACCAUCAGCCAGGUGAGUGAGGUGGAGGUGAACGGGCAGAUAGAGCAGGUGUGUGAGCAGGUGUACAGUGAGAUGGAGUCGCAGGCCAUGGAUGCGUUGGACCUGCCCAUGCCGAGCUGCUUCCGCAUGCGUAGAAACAGCUACGUGAGGGCCAUGGACCAGGGCUGCUCAGAGGAUGACGGGAUGUCCCUGAUGCCCUCCUCACCCCCCAGGACCACCACCACCACCGUCAGGACCAUCCAGAGCAGCACAGUGUCAUCAUGCAUCACCACCUAUAAGAAGACCCCUCCCCCGGUGCCGCCCCGCACCACCAUCUCCAAACCCUUCAUCUCCAUCACAGCCCAGAGCAGCACCGAGUCGGCCCAGGAUGCCUUCAUGGAUGGCCAUGGCCAGGGGAACAGGGACAGCCACCCCCGGGGAGACAUGACCGUCCAGUCAGCCCUGUCCAACUCCACGGAGAGCAUCGACAGCAUGAAGGCCCUGACGGCAGCCAUCGAAGCGGCCAACGCCCAGGUCCACGGCCCCGCCAGUCAGCAUGUCUCAAACAGCACCAUAACCAUCACUACCACCUCUGCCCUGGCCCAGAUCACUGAGGACAGCAGGAAGGAGCAGGCCAGGAGGGCCAAGUGCCAGCUGUCCAUCGGCAUCCAGGUGGAUGGGCCAGAAGAGGAAGCUUUGGAGAUGGAGGACCAGUCCAAGUUCCAAUCAAUUGGUGUCCAGGUGGAGAACGAGAGGGGAUACCGGCGGCUCACCCGAUCCAACAGUGUAACAGCCGCAGUACAGGCUGACCUGGACAUGCCUGACAUGUUAGACAGCGCCCUGGACUCCCCAGAGACAGACCUGCCCUCCUCAGUCUCUGUGUCACGCCAGUACUCGCGCGACGCUGCCACCUCGCCAGCCUCCACCGUCAGCAUCCAGGGCUCGGGGAACCACUACCACGCCUGUACCUCAGACGACUACGAUGACGUGGGCUUCGACCCGUCCAUCCUGCCCCCGCCCGAUCCCUGGAUCGACAGCUUGACCGAAGACCCCCUGGAGGGGGUCCAGAGGUCCGUGUGUCAGCGGGAUGGGCGCUGGUUCCUCAAGCUGCUGCAGGCUGAGACAGACCGCAUGGAGGGCUGGUGCAGACAGAUGGAGCAGGAUGAACAGGAGAACGAGCUACUUGAUGACGUCUUGGGGAAAAUAAGGCUUGCUGUGGGAAGUGCUCAGCUCCUGAUGUCACAGAAGUUCCAGCAGUUCCGGGAGCUUUGUGAGGAGAACCUGAAGCCCAACGCCCAACCGCGGCCCAUCUCUCAGGACCUGGCUGGUUUCUGGGACAUGCUCCAGCUGUCCAUUGAGAACAUCAGCCUGAAAUUUGACGAGCUGCACCAGCUGAAGGCCAACAGCUGGAAGCACCUGGACCCCCAGAGAGAAAGGUAGAACAGGCAUCCAGAACCAGCUAGUGUCUGUCCGUGUAUGACACAGAGUACAUCAUGAUACCGACCAGCCGAGACACACUCAUCAUGCCGAAACAAAUCAGUAGCUUUGUAACUCAUCGCAUGGUCUAGUAUCACUGUUGUCACUUCACUAUUCUUUUAUAUUAACAAACUGUAUCAAUGUUUUUGGGGGGUUUGGCAACAACUGACGUUUGUCUAGAUGGUGAGGGUUUAUUAGAUGUACCCCAUACCUUAUAAAGUGCUUUACAUGGCAUGAGUCACACAUUACAACAUGUACACUACUCCCGCUGACAGCCUGUUCCCCCGGGCGCUGAAGACGUGGAUGUCGGUUAAGGCAGCCCUCCUCACCUCUCUGAUUCAGAGGGGUUGGGUUAAAUGCAGAAGACACAUUGCAUUUGAAAGCAAUUCAGUUGCACAAAUGACUAGGAAUGCCCUUUCCCUUCCCAAUAGUUUUGAACACAAUCAUAUUUUAACACAGAGAAAAACCACACACCCGAAAGAUGUUGAAUGUUGCCAUUUUCUUGUAAUGUGUUGCAUAUAAGUCAGUAGAGUUGUGUUUACUGUACUGUAUCAUGGCUGUUGCUUUUUAUACUCUUGAUUUUCUGACCGCUUCUCCAUGUUUUUGUUUUGUUGUUCUUGUCGACAGUGAGCUGGUUUUGAGAAGUCAUUCCAUCUGCCACGAACCACGAGGCCUGACCUCGCUGGGCCACCGUACUUCAUGCGCUGCAUCGCGUGUGGUUGUCUGUCUGUAACGCUAGCCGUGUGCUGCUAUAGCUGUGCAAAUGCUGUCUGCGCUCCUGUCCCCGCCCCCCUGGGAGGCGGCUAACUGACUAUUUGUCGUCCCUGUUCAGGAGAAACGGAUCCCUCCUCCUGUGCCAAAGAAACCCCCAAAAGGUCAGCCUCCCCUGGCCCGAGAUAGGUCC